AUGGGACCUUUCAAACCUUCUUCAAACGGGCACAACUACAUUUUGGUUGCUGUGGACUAUGUGUCCAAAUGGAUUGAAGCCAUUCCCUGCCCAGCCUGUGAUGCCAAGGUGGUUGUUAAGCUUUCAGAACCAUCAUCUUUCCAAGUUCGGCAUCCCAAGGGUUGUUAUUUCGGAUGGAGGACUGGGCAGCAAGGCUUGAUGAGGCACUUUGGGCUUAUAGAACAGCUUACAAAACCCCCAUUGGAAGGUCUCCUUUCAAUUUGCUAUAUGGGAAAGGACUGCCACUUACCUGUGGAGGUCGAAUACAAGGCUUUAUGGGCAGUAAAGAUGCUGAACUUUGAUAUAAAGGCAGCACAAGAAAGGAGGGUUGUUUCCCGGGAAGCUAAGGUCAAAGUGGGCGGGACCAUUCAAGAUUCACGAAGUUCUACCCUACGGAUCCCUCACUCUGCUCAAUCAAGAGGGGAAGGAAUUCACAGUAAAUGGGCACAGAUGCAAGCCCUAUCUAGGAAUGACCCCCACAGAGGAGAUCAUCACUCCUCUAGAAGAUCCAACCCCGGCCUAAAAGGUUUUAGGAAGGAAGGGCCAACUCGAGGCACAACUCGAUCGAGCCAGAGCAAGCUCGAUCGAGUGACAAACCCGAUGGAGCUCCUGAUGGCCGUCUCCCAUCUCCAGACCACGACCUAG